AUGGGCGCACUGAACUAUGUAUGGAGGAAGCUUACCAAUACAAACGCUAUGCAGUUGGCUAGUGGAAAAUUCGAAAUAGAUUUUUUCGAAUCUGUGUACAGACUUAUUUAUUUCGUAGGUCUUUCUUCUUCGGACUUUAGUGUACCGUAUCUCAUAUACAGUGUGGUGGUGAAGACGUCGCUUGUUCUGUUGGUGUUUUGCGAGCUUUGGCACUUGUUCACUGUGAGAUGGACUAUCGACGGUAUUACAAAUAGCACGAAUGUUAUACUCAUUCAAAUAGGUGCUUACUACAGAUACAAGGUCAUGAGCAUAAACAAGGAUAUAUUUAAGGACCUUGCAUCAUCUAUGGAAUCUCGAGAUUUCGACCAAUCUACUAGUCAGAGAAGAGAGAUACUUUCAGUUUGGCAAAAGAGAAACGAAUCGUCUUUAAAACUACUUUUGUCUCUAGGAACUUGUACCCUUAUGGCGUGGUUUACAUACCCUCUGAUGGAUGACUUGGAUUAUAAUCUAAUGUUGGAACUUCGACUGCCGUUUGACUAUAAAACCCCGGCGCUGUACCCCUAUGUUUAUAUGGCAAACGUUUUAUCUCUGUUUUACAUCUCGUAUUUCGUGAUGUCCACUGACCUGGUCAUGCAGUCACAUUUAAUGCACCUGCUCUGCCAGUUCGCAGUACUGAAUGAUUGUUUUAAAAACAUCCUCACUGAUUGUAAGAUGAUUCUCAAUGAUGAACGUUUGGACCUGAAAUCUGUGCAUUUAAACGUUAAGUUCAGAAAAGAAUACAUCAAAAGACUUAGAAAGUUGGUAAAUCAACACGUGUUUAUUUUAAACAACACGUUGAGGCUGCGUGACGUCAUGAGUGUGCCUAUGUUGGCGCAGCUGGUCUGCAGCACGGUGCUUAUUUGCUCUAUCGGUUUCCAAGUUGCAACAUCCGUGAACGUUAACUUGACUAAAUGGCUCAUGAGCGUGUUCUAUUUGGGGUACAACAUGUUCGUCCAAUACGUCAUUUGCAGAUGGUGCGAGGAAAUAAAAAUUCAGAGUGAGGGGAUCGGCGAAGCAGUGUAUUGCUCCGGCUGGGAAAAUGGAAUAGUGAUGGUACCGGGAGUGAGAACCUCGAUACUGUUGAUCCUGGCGCGCGCCAACAAGCCAGUGCGGCUUUCUGCUGGAGGAAUGUACGACCUUUCCUUGGAGGCGUAUGCUACUGUGGUGAAAGCGUCUUACACUGCCCUGACUGUUCUACUUCGGUUCCGUUAA